AGUUCAUGAUCUGGCUGUGUCCAGGCCAGGGUCGGUUGAAGCGGAUGGGGUCAGAGGCGGGCUACACGCUGACAGCUGGAGCAUAAGGAAACACAUCGCAGUCAAGCUGCCUGGCAGACGCGUUUAUAUACAGCGCGAGACAUGUUUAAUAAAGGUAAAGGGAGCGCGGUGCCAUCGGACGGGCAAGCUCGGGAAAAGUUGGCAUUAUAUGUUUAUGAAUAUUUGCUGCACGUGGGAGCUCAGAAGUCCGCGCAAACAUUUUUAUCAGAGAUAAGAUGGGAGAAGAACAUAACGCUUGGAGAACCACCGGGUUUUCUGCACUCGUGGUGGUGUGUGUUUUGGGACCUGUACUGCGCAGCACCUGAGAGGAGGGACACAUGUGAUCACUCCAGUGAAGCAAAGGCCUUUCAUGAUUAUAGCGCUGCUGCUGCACCGAGUCCAGUCCUAGGCAACAUGCCCCCUGGAGACGGCAUGCCAGGCGGCCCCAUGCCCCCCGGAUUCUUCCAGGGACCACCUGGUUCCCAGCCUUCACCUCAUGCUCAGCUACCUACCAACUCUAACAUGAUUGGAGCACAUGGACAGCCCUUUAUGUCUCCACGCUAUGCUGGAGGUCCACGGCCGCCCAUCAGAAUGGGUAACCCGCCUCCAGGAGGGCAGCCUUUACCUCCAAAUAUGAUGGACCCUACACGACCAACAGGCCAUCCAAAUAUGGGACCCAUGCAGAGAAUGAACGCUCCCCGAGGAAUGGGUCCAAUGGGACCAGGACCACAGUCUGAUCCGUGGUUAUCAUUACAGAACUAUGGCGGAGGAAUGAGGCCUCCGAACUCCAUGGGCCCUGGAAUGCCAGGGGUGAACAUGGGAGCAGGAGUGGGCAGACAGUGGCCUAAUCCUAAUAAUGGAAACACAAUGCCAUACAGUUCCUCAUCCCCAGGAAGCUAUGUGGGACCUCAAUUAGCAGCAGGAGGAAGUGGCUGUCCUCCAGGAACACCAAUCAUGCCCAGUCCAGCAGACUCCACUAACUCUGGUGAGAAUCUCUACACACUGAUAAACUCAGUACCUGGAGGGAGCAGAUCCGGUUUUCCUAUGGGCCCCGGGUCAGACGGUCCAAUGGGAGCACUGGAGCCUCAUCACAUGAAUGGCUCAUUAGGUUCAGGAGACAUAGAUGGAAUCCCAAAGAAUUCCCCUAAUAAUCUAAGCGGCAUGAGUAACCCACCAGGAACUCCACGAGACGACAGUGAACUGGGUGGAAGCUUUCUUCACUCUUUCCAAAAUGAAAAUUACUCGCCAACAAUGACAAUGAGUGUGUGAUGAUGAGAUGUGCAUCAAUUCCAAGACAUUAAAGCAGGCGUCUUUACGACCAGGGACCAACAACCCAACAUCACGAACCAGAGUGAGGUCUAAGUUUAGUUUCUCACAUUCAUGUGAACCAAUCUUAAACCAGCUCUGGUUGAGGUGAAUGCUUCUCAUUUCAACACAGUCAAAAAGGACUCUGUUUAUACGCGAAGGACCUGUUUGAGAUGGGCGCCCUGUCUGGCAUAGUCAUUUAAGUUCAUAUUUUUGUAUUCUGUAGUUUAAAAUAGCAGGCUGAAGCUUUGCCCUGGUUCCUUAAAGAAGCCCACACAGGAUGAGAGCAGAGAAGAGAAAUGCUCCUUUGUUUUAUAUGAGAGUGGAUGGAGAGGAGACUGUGAUAACAUCUACACUGGAUUUAGAGGAAAUACUAUCUAAAUGGCUUCUUGAGAGGCUUCUUGUGUAACAUUCCAUUGGCAACUUUUUAAAACCACAUUUUUGAACAGCCUCAGUAGAAGUCAUACUGUGAUGGACUUCUCAAAAGUGACCCAUCCACACAGAGUAUACAGCUGAUUUGAAUAUACGGAGCAAUGAAAAUACGAAGUGGAAAUAAACAACUGUCCUUUUUCAUUUCCUACUUGGGAUUACAAUGGACUAUGAGCUAAUGUUCUAUCUUCAUGUCACACUGUUUUUUAACUUAUGUAUUUAACAAUGACAUUCACUGCUGAAGCCUUUCUGAAGCAUUUUCAUGUGCUGUAUGACUAUUCUGAAAAUCUGUAGCAUUUCCACUUCUAGGGAAACCAGAGCAGACAAACUACAGAUUUCUGCAGCAAAGGAAACAAGCAAGUUGACUAUAAUCGAAGUAACUAAGGGAUAGGUUCACUGUAUUUACAUCUAUUGGAAUAGGAAUCUGACAAAAUGGCUAUUUAUUGGGUGAUUGUGAUGUUGCAAUAGUAAUCUUUUCUGUUUCCCCUCCUGCUUUUCCUCCCAUUCGCUUAACUCUGGAUAUUUUGCAUGUUUUAAUUUUCCUUUGUUUUUGACUUUUAUUGCUUGGUUUUAGUCACCGAUGUGCCACAGACACCCAAAGGAUGAUUGUUUAAUUUAUGUAUUUUUUUAAGUUUCUGUUUGUUUCCAAAUGUUAGUUUGUCACAUUGCUGUACAGCCAAACUUGACCUGUUACACACAUACUACUUGUAUGUUGUUUAGCCUUCAAAUGUAUAUUACGUUCUUCAGGAGAAAUAGUAAAAGGACUUGUGUAAUUCUUAUGAUUAAAUUAUUUUUCUGUUCCUACCAAACUAUUGUAAACUAUUUCUCCUUCUGCAAAUAAAUAUUUACAAAACG